AGCCACGUCAGCUGAGAAUUAGAUUCAUCCACACAAAUCCCAGCGCUUUUCCUCUCUCUCUCGACUCUUUUUGUUUUUGGGGUGAUGGCGGUGGCGGUGGCUAUGGGGGGCCGAUAAAGCUGAAACUCCCUUUGUAUUACUAUUAAUGGCUUCCAUCAAUCUCAAAUUUUCCUCAAUGGCUCUCGCCCGUUUCCAAGGGUACAAUGGUUCGAAUCCUAUUAAUACAGCAAAUGGGUGCCAGCCUGUUUUGUUUUCUAGCAUUUGGACUAGAAAGCUGGGUUUGAGUUUCAAGGGUGCUGGUAAAGUUAGCGCUGCAUUGGUAUCUGGAGAAGGGGAUGUCCUAUCUUAUCCUAAUAGUAAUGGAGCUGUUACUGGGAAAACUGGUUUUGUCAAUGGACUUGUUGACCAGCCAACUGGGAUUGAGAUACAACCUGAUGCUAUAGGUUUUGGAACACUUGCGGCUGAAAUAACUCCUAUGACUAGAGGCUUCUCUUCUGAUGAAUACGACCUGGAUCAUCCUACAGAAGGAUUUGCUUCCAUCCCGGAAGCCAUUGAAGAUAUUCGUCAAGGAAAGUUAGUGAUUGUUGUAGAUGAUGAAGAUAGAGAAAAUGAGGGUGAUCUGAUAAUGGCAGCGCCAUUGGUAACACCUGAGGCCAUGGCCUUUAUUGUCAAGCAUGGAACUGGAAUUGUUUGUGUGAGCAUGAAAGCUGAAGACUUGGAGAGGUUGGAACUACCAUUAAUGGUGACCCAGAAGGAGAAUGAGGAAAAACUUUGUACAGCAUUCACUGUAUCAGUGGAUGCAAAGCAUGGUACAACAACAGGUGUCUCUGCUCGUGAUAGAGCUACAACAGUGCUGGCUUUGGCAUCGAAAGAGUCAAAUCCUGAAGAUUUCAAUCGCCCAGGUCAUAUUUUUCCUUUGAAGUACAGGGAGGGAGGGGUUCUGAAAAGAGCUGGGCACACUGAAGCUUCUGUUGAUCUUGCUGUAUUAGCUGGGCUAGAACCUGUUGCAGUUUUAUGUGAGAUUGUGGAUGAUGAUGGUUCCAUGGCUAGGUUGCCAAAGCUUCGUGAAUUUGCACAGGCAGAAAAACUGAAGAUUAUUUCUAUUGCUGAUCUAAUCAGAUAUAGGAGGAAAAGAGAUAGGCUGGUGGAGCUGGCUGCUGCUGCACUGAUACCCACAAUGUGGGGCCCAUUUAAAGCAUACUGUUAUAGGUCAUUGCUAGAUGGGAUUGAGCACAUUGCGAUGGUUAAAGGUGAAAUUGGCGAUGGGCAAGAUAUUCUUGUGAGGGUACAUUCUGAGUGCCUCACUGGUGACAUAUUUGGGUCAGCCAGAUGUGAUUGUGGGAACCAGCUGGCACUAGCAAUGAAGCAAAUUGAGGCGGCUGGGCAGGGUGUAUUGGUGUAUCUUCGUGGACAUGAAGGUAGAGGCAUUGGUUUGGGCCACAAGCUCCGUGCUUACAACCUACAAGAUGAUGGACGUGAUACAGUUGAGGCCAAUGAGGAGCUUGGGUUACCUGUUGAUUCUCGAGAAUAUGGUAUUGGUGCACAGAUACUACGGGAUCUGGGUGUUCAUACAAUGAGGCUGAUGACAAACAAUCCUGCUAAGUAUAUUGGGCUUAAAGGUUAUGGUUUGGCCAUUGCAGGCAGGGUUCCAUUAUUGACCCCAAUAACGAAGCAGAACAAAAGAUACUUGCAGACAAAACGUGCAAAAAUGGGGCAUAUUUAUGGUUCAGAUAUUAAUUCGACCAGUAACACCUCCUCUAAUGACAUAUUCGAGACAUAAGCAGUUUUGACGAGGGGAUGUUUCUUAUAAGGCCACGUAAUCAUCCGGAAAUUUGUUUGCCUCCCAAGAGUGCGUACGAAGUUUCAGCAGGACUAGAGACUCAGUGAGCAAGUCAUGCUUUCCAUAGCUUCUGGUCAACAAAUAUUGGGUGGAAAAAGGUUGAAGAAACAGAGACUUAAUAUAAAAAUUAUCUGUUAAUAAAACUUUAAUCAAUGCUAAUAGGCUUGUUCAAUAUUUUUCCCAUUAAUUAUGAUUUCAACUUUUACUUUUUUUAAUAAUUUAAAAGAAAAUUUGAAGUGGUGGUGUUGUACAAAGUUUAAUGUCAUUCACGUGUGAUACUAUUUGAAGGCAAAUUUAUCUUAUUUAUGUUAAGAAUUUUUGAAA